CCACCCAGAGGCCGGAGACUGACAGCAAUACUAGCAGGGUGGUGUCACAUCCCUUAAAAUUUCACAGCCCCAAUUGGCAGAGGUCCUGCCUCCUGAGACCUGGGAACUGGGGACUCACAAAGGAGCUGGUAAUCAGCAGCAGCACACAAUGCCAUGUUCACACUAGCUGGCUGCAGCUGAAUCAGGUUACACAUUACAGCUCCCAGCCUGUUUCUCUCUGUCCAGGGUUAAACCUUUGGUAAAUGUAAACCCAAGUUUCACACUGCAAGAGCACACAGCAGGGAAAUCCUUGUGGAAGCGGACCCCACCUGCCUGUGGAGCUGACAGCCUGUGGAGUGGUCAUCAACUUCUACCAGCUUCAGCACUUGAGUGGUCGCUGGGAGAAAGGACUAGAUUCCGGCCAAAAACAAUACAGCGUUCUAUCCAUUUUAUUCAGACAGUGAAUGAACAAUUUUGAAUAUUCCUCGAUCCUACACCCAAAAUGAUUGUGAAUUCAAGUUUUCACAGCGAGACACUAUUACGCUUUAUGGGAAAAACCCUGAAAGACUGAGGAUUGAUGCCUGAAGCCACAAUAGAGCCAGGCCUGCCAGACACUUUGUGACCUUAGAACAAAUCUUUCUCCAAACAGAAACUGGUUAGACAACAAACCCUUUGUGUUUUUUUCCUAUUACUUAUUUAUACAGACUUAUCUGUAGUGCACGUGCUUUUCUUAUUCCAUUUUCUUCUUUACUUACACGUCUGUAGCACAAUCCACUGUUGUAGAUUGUCAAGACUUUUUUUGAAGACCUUUAUCCAAACUUUUUCUUUUUAACUAUUCCUUAAAUAUUAUUUUUCACUACCUCCGCUGCUCUCUGCCUGGAGCAAUAGAAAGAUGGCGUACCAGAACUUGACCAACCCGGUCUACAAUGACGCAGCUGCCCCAGAAAAUGGGACUGAAAAAGUCUUUAGUGACCUGGUGCACUCGUAUCUGGAUUUGGUGCAAAGGAACACCUUUCCUCCUGCAUUUCUCAAUCAAUUUCUGAAAACAUUGAGUACGGGCAGUAGUCUGAGUGUGAGCAAUGAUCAGAUUAAAGAGGUGCUGAUCUAUGAAGUGGGAUAUCUGGUGGCUCUGGCCAUCGGGGUGGUCUUCAUCAUCCUCAUGUGCCUGGUGGGCUUUUUCUUUGCGUGCUGCCGCUGCUGCGGGAAUUGCGGCGGUAAGAUGUACCAGAAGCAGACCAAGAGAAUGACGUGCAAGAGGCGCUUCCUGUAUUUCUUCUUGUUCAUCAUCACUCUCAUCAUUCUGGCUGGUGACAUUUGUAUGUUUUAUAGCAACAGCAAAAUAGACACUGCAGUAAAUAAAAGCUUUUCAUCCUUUAACGAUACAUUGAGUAACCUGGAGACCUACAUCAAUUCCGUGCCCCAGGAUGUUGACAUCAUUAUUAAUUCAAGCAGCGUACCCAUAGAGAGCGCCAAUAGCAGCAUUGUUGGUAUUGGCCCAAUUCUUGGCGGACGGAUUAAAAAUCAAAUUGAGUUGGUGGCAAAUAACACUCUGGCUUCGGUUCAAGGACUGAUCAAUGAUCUGAAUGUCACGGCCAUCUCCCUGUACGCUGUGAACAACUCAUUUAACGCCUUGCAGGACCAGCAGACACAGCUCGUUAACAAUCUCACUGCGGUGAAGAGCCAGAUUGACAAUACGCUGACAUCAUGUGGUGCGCCGUGCUCUUCCGGCCCUUCCACCGCUGCCCUUACCAUAGACGCUGACUUCCAAUCGAUUCCAGAUUUUGCUAGCCAGCUGAAAACCAUCAAUGAUUUUUUGAACUCCGGAAUUGAAAACACUCUUGGGAAGGCCCGCCAGACUAUAAAUGACAUUCCUCAGACCGUGACCAGUCAGACACAGUCCACUGUACAAUCGGUGCAGAAUCAGCUGGUGAACAUAAAACAGAAGAUUCAGGACGUCAGGAGCAGCAUUCCUAUUGUGGACACAUUAAAUAACGUGUCUUCCUAUUUUGGCACAGCAAAAAAUUACUCCCAGACGUACCAGCCGGACGUUGUGAAAUACGAUUAUUACAGGUGGAUAGUUGGGAUCUGUCUCUCCUGUAUUGUUCUCCUAGUAGUUGUGUGUAACUUGUGUGGGCUGCUGUUUGCUCCGUGUGGUCAUAAAGCAAACGUGGACCCCACUGAACGCAACUGUGCCUCAAAUUCUGCAGGAGACUUCUUCAUGGCGGGUGCUGGGUUCAGCUUUAUAUUUGCAUGGCUUCUGAUGCUGGUGACUGCGGUGCUGUUUGCUGUCGGAGGAAAUGUCUACACAUCUUUCUGCAAACCGUGGAGCAACCAACAGCUCUACCAGUUUGUCGAUGCCAAUGUAAACCUGAGCCAAGAGCUGAAUGUAAACCUCAAUAACCUGAGCAUAUCCACCCUGUACAGUGAUUGCCAGAAGAAUUACCCCCUGUGGACCACCCUAAACCUGAACUCACUGUUCAAUCUGGAUGAGUAUCUCAAUAUCAGCGCGUACACCGGUGAAGUGAACGCUAGUGUGGAGAACACGAAUAUCAGUGUAUCGGACAUCACAUUUAUAAGCAGCAGUCAGAGGGAACAGGCGGCCAAUGUAUCCUCAUCUGGAAUAGACACGCUCAACUUCACAGAAAUCAAUCAGCAGAUGUCCAAGAAUAUCACAAAGACAAACCUUCUAUCAUUUGCAGAUCAGUUGGAUGCCUUGGCCGCUAAUGUGUCAUCGUUCAGGACGGAACUUAAAAGUGAAGCCGACUCCCUACGGGAGAUUCAGAGCUCAAUCGAUACCAACCUGGUCCCUGAUAUUAAAAAUCUGAAUACAAGUAUUGUCAGCCUUCAAGCGAAAGCGCAAACGCUGAAGGCGUCUUUGAACUCGACCCUUACAGCCGUUGAUUACGCCCAGUUAUUUAUAACCACACAAGUGGCCAGCAUUGUCAAGAAUGCGACAACAUCAUAUUUAAAUACAAUUUUGGGAUACUUUACGUCUUACAUUGACUGGACAAAGAGUAUGCUGACCACAAAUCUCGCCCGGUGUGGGCCGGUCGCCGGAGCUUUGAAUUCUGCAGAAGUCAUUGUCUGCCAGUAUCUGGUAGACACUUUUAAUGCUUUCUGGUUUAGCCUGGGCUGGUGCACAAUCUUCUUAAUUCCCAGCAUUAUUGUGUCAGUGAAGCUGGCGAAACAUUACCGGAGGAUGAAAACCACAGAUAUCUAUGAAGACCACAAUGAUCACCUGGAGAUGACGUCAACUUCCCAGCAAUUCCUAAUUCCUCGAGUGACUGCAAAAUCGUGAGGUGAAUGAUCGUCACAAUAUAAAGCACUACUCAAAAUGGCUUCCGGCCUCCAUUUCCUAUGCGAGCCACAUGAAGAGUCUUUGCAUCUUCUUUUCUCAGCGGCCAUAUUUAUUGAUGAAAUCGUGAUCUAUUUAUUUUCUAAUCAUUUACUUUGAUACACUGGAUGUGAAGAAUCCCUGCGUGGGUGAAAUCAACCUACAAGAAGAGAAAACGAUGACAAACUAUAUCUUGGAGAUUUACAUUUUUGUUUACAGGGUGGAGGGUCUGCUCUAGUUACUUUUAUUAAGUGCGAUGUAUAUAGAGAGAGUGAACCGUAUAUGGUCUGUGCUGCUGCUGGAGCCACCAAAUGAACCCGGACUGCUGAUGGGGAUCCUUGACAGCAUCUAAGAAGCCACAUACAUGUUUUUAUCUCUUGGAAGAUAUAUUGCUUGGUUUAAUGUGAACAUUUGUUUUAGAGACUAAAAGUUAAUACUUUGUUUUUAAGUGAGUUAUAAACACGGUCCAUUUAUGCAGCAUCAGCCAUCUUGUCUCGACACCAUGUCGGCAACCAUUUUGUGGUUGAGCCAAUGUUCAUAAGCAUGUUGCUUAACCUUGCUAGGAGCUCUGGGUCCUAGUGAAUGGAUAGAAUGCAUUGUAAUGACUAGUGGAUUGCUAGGCUACUGUACAUUCUCAUCCGUAUUCGGUCAGCCCACAAAAUGGCUGCGCUAUGUACUGCUUAGAUCAGUGUUUCCCAACGUCGGUCCUCAAGGUCCACCAACAAUCCAGGUUUUACUGAUAUCCAGAUGGUUAGUGUAAAAUAAGUGAGGGACUAAUUAAGUCACCUGUAGGGCUAUCCUUAAAACAUGGCCUGCUAUCCUUAAAACCUGGAGGGCCAUGGCUGGGAACCCAUGAUUUAAACAACUUGGGUAUAGCAUAGUCAUGGAUGUAUAGAUUUUUUUUUAUUUUUUUUUACCAGAUAACUGCAGUUACAUCUCAGGGUUUACAAUAAAUAUCCACAGUAUGUAUUCGGGCCCUGUACCACAGUGCUGACAGCCAUUUUGUGGACUAAACAAAUCCAUGUGAAUACAGGGUAUGAAUGCACUAGGAACAGCGUUAAUACCUCCGCGAUUCUCUAGUUCACAUAUAAUUGACAGCUGUACUCUUGCUGUUGGUUCAUCUCACAAAAUGGCUGCCAUGACUGUGUUGAUAUGUAAUGGUCUCUACAUUUUGACAAAAACUUUAGUUGCUUGAGGUGACAAUUGUUCCGAGUACUCCUCACUUUAUCAGCUCCGUUACGUUUCCAGUAAUACCGUAAGGAUGUGUAAGAUAUAAUGCUUACCAUAGUGAUGGUAUGAAACCUAAUAUAGUGUGCACCGUUUACACAACAUAAGCUGUAAAGAGAUUUACUGGACAUUCUACACUGAACGCUUCUGUCAUUUUUCUGACUUACUAAUUCACUUGGGCAGUUUUAUUAAGUUACCAGUUUCUAUGGAUAUGUUCUACUGUUUGUCUCCUUAAAUUCAAUUUUUACCCCAGAUUUAAUUCAGAGACAUGUGCUUGUGCUAUUAGUUUAUGAGCUGAAGGAAUGCACCCAACAUACGAAAGUGGCCUGGGGCACAUUUCUUUGUCUUUACUAGUUUACAAAAAAAAAGAAACUAAAAAAUAAUUAUAUUACAUUGGCCAUGCCUGUGGCUUCUCAUGUGAUUCUCAUCCAGGGAUCGUUUUUUGCUUCAGACAUCAGGCUGCAUGGUGUCGCAACGGAGCCAAUAGAAAACGCUCAGGCUGGAGAAUACAGAUGUGGGCACAGGAAAUGCCAGGCCCACAUCGCAGCCAAUUAAAGCCCGUUAUUAACUACUUACAUGGUUAGAAAGAAAAGUGCAUCGGGGGGGUCAGACUUUAUACAGUGUGGAAGAGACUUAACUUUUAGAUGGCCCAACAACCAAUUCUGCCGUGACCCCACAGAAUGCAGCAACCCUUGGCGCUCCAGGUGUUUGUGACACUACUAAUGCCAGCAUAACCUGGCAGAGCAUGCUGGGGCUUGUAGUUUCACAGCUUGUCCAGACCUUGUUAACAACCUAAUAUUCUGUUAUAGAUAAAGGGGUCCUUGUUUAGUUUUUUUCCUCUAAAAAUUGUCAUAAUUUUGGAACAAUGUUCGGCCGGCCACCUGCACCUCCGGCAAACGGGGACACUAUUACAUUCCCCAAAAUGUUUUGUCAGGAACUGUUUAACAUAUAGAAAGAAGACUAUCCUUUAUAUUUUUCUGUCAAAAUAUAUUUUGUGAUAAUACUUUGGUAAACAGAGAAAAAAUGUCAUUGGAAUUCCAGACAACGGGAUGCUGCUUAUUCCAAUGUGACUUUCAAUCUAUUUUGUUACUGCAUUCACUUGUUUGACAAAUAAAUUCUGCCGUGUUUA